CACAUGUGAUCUCAAUGAAAUUGAUAUUCGAUCAGUUUUGCGUAUUAGCAAAUGUAUUGUUAUUAAAUGGUUGUUUGGUGUGUUCGAGUUACUUAAGCAUCUUAAUUCGCUGUGCAUGAUGGGCAAAAUGUCAAUGAAUAUAAUAUGCCGUAGGCCCAGAGUGUUAUCUAUUACAUUACAUUGAAUUAAAACAACAAAUUAAUAAAGAAGACCGCAAACAUACCGCAGUAUUGAAAAAAUAAAAAAAUCACAACGAACUGUCUUUUUUAUCAUCAUCGGUGUAGGUAUCUGUUAUUUGAAGGACACAAUUUGUCACAUACAUAUAUACCAAAGUUGAAUUGCAAGCACAUGCGAAAUUCGAAAGAGCCAAACUUAUUAAUCAAUUUAAAAAGAAUACUGCAUCAAAAUGGGCAACGGCCAAUAUAAGCACGGCAAUCAACGGCAUAAAUCACAUCCAAAUAUCGCCGCAAACAAUCGCAAAGCAUCAACGAGUACAACGUCGAGUUUACAUGAAAAAAAUGCAACGAAUACACCGCGCGAUGGUAUGUCACGCACAGCGUCCGGCAGCGAUAUCAAUGAGAAAACCUACUCAUUGUUUUUUCCAUUAGAAAAAUUGUCAAAAAUUUUGCAUCAUAAAACUCAUCAAGAAUGCGGUGUCAAUGGGAUUACACAAGAGAUAUUUGUGAAAUAUGUGUUUCCACAGUAUCCGGAUUUGGGUGAGCGCAUUUUUCGUAAAAUGCAUAAAUUGGCAAAGGCCAAAACCAAGCAUCUUGGUGUGACGGCAUUUCGACAACAAUGCGAAAUGUACUUAAGCGUAUUGGAUGAUGCUCUAAUUCAUGAGCAUUAUGUAAAAAUGUUCUUUGCAAAUGGCAGCAAUGCAACAACAAAGGACGGUGGACAACAAUCACAGCAACCAUUGAGCGAUGAAGAAUUAUUGCUCAUCAAUACAAAUGGUUUGACCGAUUUGCUGCUGAUUUGCUUUCGUAUUGGUGUGGCCAACUAUAUAUCAUCGGCUGGCAAAAGUGAUGUUGCUGGCACAACCACCAUUUCGGCAGAUACAUUUUGUCCACAUAUAAAGCGCACAAUUACCUCGGUCACACAAUCAUGUUUCUUCACAAAAGAUACGCUAAGCGUUGGCUUUGUUUGUCGUUGGCUGGAAAAGAAUUUACCAAAUUUAAUAAUGCCAUUGCAUCGCUUUUGUGUGCAUACGCUAACAACGGUGUAUCGAACAAUUGAAGAGGUCGAAAAAUCGGCCACCACAUCACACAGUCAACAAUCGACCGGAACAAAUCAAAUGAAUCCAUUAUUAUUGGCAUUAAAUCAAGAGCUACGUCAAUUGAAUGAAGCGGCUAUUGAACAGAGAACAUCGGAAAUUAUCACCGGUAAUACAUUACCGGUGAAUACCGGUGGUCUUGGUAAAUUGAUGUCAUUAUCACAAUCAUGGCUACUGGCCGCUGCAUUACCAAAUGUCUUUACACGGCUUCAAGACCGCAAAGUACCGUCCACACCACAGCCACGCAACGACAAAUUGGAUACAUCCGAAGCUUCGAUGGCAUCAAUUGAUGCAGCAGCCACACCAUCAAUUUCGCAUUUAAUGUCAACAAUUCCAACGCAUUGGUCCCUUUUGUAUGAUUCACAACAACAUGGUGUCGGUUCAAAUCGUUUCCUGCACCAUGUGAUUGGAUACAAAGGACCCACACUUGUUCUGUUACACUCUGAAACCGAUGAAAUAUUCUGCUUAGCAUCGCCAUCUGAAUGGCGUGAAACGCAUUUGUAUACUGGUACCGAUGAUUGCCAUAUUAUUCAACUAUUACCAAAGUUUCAAAUUUUAGAAAAAGGACCGAAAUUACUGUACUUGAAUACAUGCAUUCGGGGCUAUCCAAAGGGCUUAAGAGCUGGCCCUGAUCCGAGAAAACCACUCAUUUCAGUCGAUGAACACUUUGAAAAAAUUGAAUAUCGUAGUGUUCCAAAUGUGCUAUUUGCAAUUGAAGUGUACGGUUGUGGUGAUCGUCAAAUUCGCGAUAUUCAACUCGAUAUAAAGAAGUGGCAAGUGACGGAGGCUGAACGACAACGCACAGUUAAAUUAACAUCGGCCGAUUGGAUUGAUCAUCCGGAUCGAUAUUUGCUCGAGUUGGGCGGACGACCUCAGUAUAAUAAUGCUUAAAAAAAACAACUACUUACAUUUUAUUCUUUUGCGUUAAGACUUAAGCGUGUUCGAUUACAGGCAUUCACUUUCAAGUGAACACAAAAGAUUUACUUAUCAUUUGAAUUCUUUAUUUUAAUAAAAUUCAUAUUAUUAUUAAUA